UGGUACGGGGGUUGCCACGGCAACAGCAACAACUUCCUGACCCGGGCGGAGUGCCAGCGGGGCUGCCCGGGACCGGCCCCGAGAAGAGAGUCCGACGCCGGCGCCGGGGCCGCGCCUGAGGGGUCGACAGGCGGGGGCUCACGCAGCGGGGGGAGGGUCUUCACAGUCCAGGGGGGAUCGAGCGGCAGGCGGGCCGCGAGCGCCGCCGACCACGCCCACAGAGCCCGAGAGCUGCUCCGCCCCCGCCGACCACCCCCCGCCAACGCUGCUCAGCACGCCGGCCCCGCGGCGAGUCUGACCCUCGGCCAGGUGGCCAUCGACAAGUCUGACCCGUCCACGGUGGAGGCCCUGGUGGGCCAGACAGCCGUGCUGCCCUGCAGGGUCAGCCCGCCGCCGUCGUCCACCGUGACUGUGGAGUGGCGAAGAGACGGCGUCCCCCUGUCCACUCACAGGCAUCGCCGGCAGCCCAACGGGUCCCUGCUGGUCGGUCCCCUCUCUCGGCUGGACUCGGGCUGGUUCCUGUGCGUGGCCGCUCGCGAACGGGAGCGAGACCACCGCUACGUUCACCUGUCCGUCUCAGUGGGAUCUCAGCAGCUUCCUGCUUCACUGCCCACAGACGGUCCUUUCCCUCGCUUCAGCAUCGAGCGGUCGGGCCCGUCCUCGCUGGAGACGCGGGCCGGACGGACCGCCACGCUGUCCUGCACCAUCGUCCCUCCGUCGGCCCUCCGCUCCGUCAGCGUCCAGUGGAGUAAAGAUGGACACUCGCUCACUGGCUCCAGGUUCACCCAACAUUCAGACGGCGCCCUGACCAUCGGCUCCCUGAGGUCCACGGACUCCGGCGUCUACACCUGCACGGCCUCCUCGCAGCAGCAGCUGGAGCAGCGGCUGCUGCGGCUCAUGGUCCAAGCAGACCUGAAGAUCACCACGGCUCCCAAUAACAUCCAGGUGCCCGAAGGCGGCACGGCGCUGCUCCCCUGCGUGGUGUCAGGAGACAACGUCAACAUAGGCUGGUCCAGAAACGGCGUCCCGGUGCGUCCGGACGGACGUAACGUCCAGACGUCGGCUGACGGCAGCCUGAUCCUGAGCGACGUCAAGCCUUCGGACGAGGGCACGUACACCUGUAACGCUUACACCGGCAUCUACUCCGUGAGCGCCACGGCCGACGUCAGAGUCGUCAAAGCCGCCGAAGGUGACGACGUGCCGCCGGAUUGCGUGGACCAGCCCGAGCUCGCCAACUGCCGGCUGAUCGUUUAUGCCCGACUUUGCUCCAACGCGUACUACUCCAGCUUCUGCUGCGCCAGCUGCGCGCGCCACGCGGCGCAGAGGAGCCGCAGGCUCGCCCGCCCGGGCUGAAAGGUUCCGGUUCAGGGUUCUGUCUCUGUUCUGGAUGACUGCGAGGGGGACGACGGAGGCCUCGUCCUCGAGGCGUUUGACGCUGAAGCUUCCAAACGCUGAACUUUUGCCAAAAGUCUUCAAAGGUCUUUCCGUGUUCCUCCUCCGCAACGUCUAUAAAAUAAGUUAUUUUCUCUUGGGAUUCACUGUGCGUGUUCUCUGUUUUCUAGAGAAUUAUUGUGCUUGUACGUCAUUGGAAGGAUUUAACACUUAAAUCCAGUGAAAUUAAACUGUUUUGACCACUGCUCUGUUUUUAAUGAAUAUGUUUGUCAUUUCACUGAUAAAAACACCUGUAUUUUCUCUUUGUUGUGUUUAUUUCUAUGUAAUUAUUUGAUAUUAAAAUAAUAUUUU